UUAGUAUAACCAGUCACAGCUGUUGAGAAGAUAAUUCACAAUGGCUGCGAGCUGUUGUGGAGUAAAGAAACAGAAAUUAAAUAAUUCGAUGCCUUCAGUUUCCUGUAAUGGAACUUCCAGUUACAUGAAUGGAAUGAAAAAUGGAUACACUGUUGCUUGUGCUCAAAUGUGUUUCUAUUGUUUUGACGUUCUACACAGCCAUUUACACAGUUACGAACCACCGAGAACCCCGUCUUUCACUAACGAAUCUUAUCCACUAUUUGUGACAUGGAAAUUAGGUAAAGACAAACGUUUGCGAGGCUGUAUAGGUACAUUUUCAGCAACAAACUUGCAAUGUGGUCUCAGGGAAUAUGCUGUCACAAGUGCAAUGCGUGACAGCCGCUUUAGUCCAAUCACAAAGGAAGAGUUUCCUCGUCUUCAUUGUUCAGUCUCCAUCCUAACUCAUUUUGAAGACGCCAGAGAUUAUUUAGAUUGGGAGGUCGGAACAAAUGGAGUUCGGAUAGAGUUUAUAAAUGAGAAAGGUCACAAGAAAACUGCCACAUAUCUACCCGAGGUGGCAGUUGAACAAGGAUGGGACCGCGUUCAAACCAUUGACUCUUUACUCAGGAAAGGGGGCUAUAAAGGACCCUUAAGUAACGAUAUUAGACGUAGUAUACGUCUAACUCGUUACCGUAGUGAAAAAAUUACAUGUAGCUAUAGCGAUUAUAUAUGUCACAAACAGAAUUCACACGCAUGACGAUAGAUGCGUACAGUCCCUGACCAAGGCAGUCUUCAUGCAAGAUCAUAUGAUGAGCACAUGGGAUAUCACAUGAUCAUCUGUUACUAUAAAUAGAAUAAAUUCAUUUUACGUCAUAUAGAAUGGUCACAUGAUGCAUGGGAUGACAGUAAUUUUUAUAGUUAUUGAAUGUUUAGUUUCAAUUUGUUUGGAGAUCUAAGUUUUAUAUAAACCUUAGCCAACCUGUUUAAGUAAAUUUUAAUGUUUUUAUCGCUAGAAGAGUUAUGCAUUUAAUAGCUGUGAAUUUUUCUUUGUUUAAGAAAUUGAUAACAAAUUGUUAUAAAAUUAUUAUCGGUUUUAACUAGUCCAUCCGAUGUUUUACUUUCCUAGUUAUGUUAUUAAAUUUGUUAUUUUUUAAAAGAUGAGCUAAAAAAGCUGUCUGUUUUUUUUUCUUUCUUUUUUAACUUAUUUAGCUUAGUCCAUCAUAAAGUUAAAUUGAUGAUUUUAGUGAUAUUUGUUUUAAUGAGUAAAUGAAAACAAUAAUCUGCGUAGUAAAAUUCUGUUCAUAAGAUGUUCUAGAGUUUAGGAAAAAUUGCAGCAUCUGUUGGUAAUAUGUGUUUAUAUGAAAACUGUGGUACUGUAUUUAGAUCUAGUCUGAAACUGUGUCGUAAAGAAUUUAUUGAAAAUGUCAUUUUUGAAAUUUCUAAACUACAGUUUAAUAAAUUUUUUCUAUUGAUAAUUGAAUUGGUUUAGAAAUCUACAGGACUAGUCUUCAUUUAUAUUCCAAUAUUUUAAAUUUCUGACCAAAUCUUUAUGUUUUGAAAAUUUUUUUAGGUUUUUAUUUUCGUGUUUUUUUGUGGACAGUUUUUAUACUUUUAAUUGCUAUAAAUAGAUCUGACCUGAUGAAAUCGACUUUAAACUUGGAAAGUGGCUGAGGCACAGAAUUAACAUGAUUAUUCCAACUUAACAAAAGUUACACAGUCUAGACUUAACUGUGGUUUGUUUUUUAACUUAUAAAAAAAAAUAUAAAGUACUGGAUAUAGAAAAUGUGUAUUAACCAGUUCUAUUUUUCACAUAAGGUUCUUCCAUGUGAUGAUAGGCUGGUUUUGGUAAACUAUGCAGUUUGCAUGUCAAUAAAAUUUGAAAUUGUGUACCAGUCAAUGAUAGAAUCUUCUGAUUGGGCGAUUUUGAACACAACUUUAUAUCAGACAAUCACAAUGUUUGGUGACUGAUGUCCUUACCAAUGUCUAUUCUAGGAUUCGAAAAAAACGGGGGGAUUUUUAUUGAAAAAGGAGAAUUUAUUACAUUUAAUGAUCUUUUUCCCUCUUUCUCUAUGUAAAAUUUCCCCCCUGCCUCUGAAAAAAUAGGGGGGAAUUCUCAAAAAUAUGAGUGAAUCCCCCCUCCUAGAAUAGACACUGCCUUACUUUUAAUUAUAUUUUUUUUUGCAUACUUUAUUGAUGUGACUCUAUUGGCAAAAGGAGUAAAAAAAAUGAAAUAUAAAAAAAGAAUAAAAAAAUAAAAUAAAUAAUGAUGCAACUUGGUCAUUAAUAAGAAAACUUAAAGAUCUAGUUAUGAUAUUAUUGUGGUGGGUCAUCAAAGUGUAAAUCAAAUUUUACCCUUUUUUUGUUCAAGAAAUAUAAUAUGUUUACUGUUAGAAUUAUUAUUAUUACUAAGUGUUUGUAGAUAUAUAGAUGUGUUACAUUAGAUGUGUAUAAUCCAAUCAUUUUCCAUUAAAGUUUAUACUCUAACAGUAUUUUCAUUUACUUUUACUGCUGUUCUAUUUUACCCCAAGUUGACACUCAUUUUGAGCUGUGUCAUGACAAAACCAACAUAAUGGGUUUGUGACCAGCAUGGAUCAAGACCAGCCUGCGCAUCCGCUAUCAGUUUCUCUACUUGUAAUAGAGUUGGUAAGCGAACAGCAUGGAUCCUGAUCAGACUGUGCGGAUGUGCAGGCUGGUCUGGAUUCAUGCUGGUCACAAACCCAUUAUGUUGGUUUUGUCGUGACGCGGCUCAUUUACGUUCAUUCCAAGUUCAUGCAAUUUUUUCUUUCUUGUGGCAUUUCAUUUUAGUUGUCAAUCAAAACCAUCUUUUAAAUCAUUUAAUUGAAUUUGAUACAUUGGAAUUGAGUCGGUAAAUUAACAAAUUAGAAUCAAUGUUAUUAUUCAUUAUGAUAUGAAAUAAAAGAAAAUUUGUAUAUCCCCAUUCAUGCUUUUUAUUGCCUUUACAGUAAUCUAAUCAUCUAUUAGUUAAUGAUUUGGAUGAUUGGUCACUUUCAAAGUUCAACUCGUAAGAAAAGUUGUUUCCUACAGAACACAAUUAAAGAAAUAAGUUUAAUUUCAUCUGUAUAUACCUCACUUAUAUAUAUCAUCAAAACCACCUGAAAUUAAAUUGCUUCAUAACUUCAUCAUCUAAUACAUGUUAUGUUAAAUAUUGAUUAUUAAUUUCAAGGGUACGUUUGAUUAAUUUUCAGAGUGUCUGUAGUAAAAUGGAUAUUUCUUAUAGCAUCAUGCUUGAUUUAUAUUAUGAUACUAUUUUUGAAUAUGAUAUUUUGAAGGGUACGCUUGAUUAACAUUUUGUAGUGUUUAGAAUCAAAUGGUGACUGGGUGCACUUGAUAUAUACAUGAAUUUUUUGUAAAUCCGGUUGAAUCUUACCGCAUCCCAUUUUAUGAAGAAGUAUAACUGUUCUGUUACUGCCUAUUUAGGGACUGUACUGUUAAAAUUAGUCAGCAUCAAGUUUUUAGGGUUUUAUUACUAACUUUUAUAUUGAUAUAUAGGAUCAGUCUUUUGUGUAAAUGUAUUGAAAUUUUCACUUUUUUAGAGCCAUUGUGUAUGUAUAAAGGGCAUGCUGUAGAGGUGACUUUUUACUUUGAAUGCGAUAUUGUUUGAACAUGCUUUCCAUAUUUAUACAUGUACCAGUUAUAUAUAAAAUUAGCAUUGCAUUAGUGAUGAAGUGUGUAUGAAAUUUACCAUCAUGUUCCUGAGAAGUCAACUUUUCUAAACUCAUAACAACCUAGCAUGGUUCGAUCAUUCUGUAUUUUUGUAGAUUUUACAACUUACACAUGGCUUUAACAUGACAGAUUUGGGUAGUAAAUGUAUAAACACACAUAUAACCAUGAAACUGUUAUAUUUAUCUGCUUGUUAGUAAUGAAGUAACCAUGAAACUGUUAUAUUUAUCUGCUUGUUAAUAAUGAAGUUGAAUUGAUAACCUCUUGGUGAGAUGUAUUAAAAACAAUCAUAUACACUAAAACAUACAAUUGAAAGGUGAUUAAAAUUCAGUAAGUACAGGAAUCACUUUUGCAGCAAUGUUAAAUCUUAGUUUCCUGACAAAAAUGUUUCCUGACAGGAAUCAAGCUUUUAUAAUUCAUUUUAACCCUACCAUGAAACUGUUAUAUUUAACUGCUUGUUAGUAAUGUAGUUGAAUUGAUUACUUCUUGUUGAGAGAACUAGAUUGUAUUUAACCAUCUCUCACUUGUACAUUUACAGAAAAUGUUUGGCCUAUCUAAAAUCUGUAGAAUACAUUUGUCAGCAUUUUUUGCACCAUGUUCCAAUUAAGAUGCUGUUUUCUUGUAUAUCUGUAUCAUCCUAUUACAUUACAAGCAAGUAGUAGCAAAAGUUUUAGUUGAGGUAUUUGGAAUUGCUUACUUACAAGUCAUACAGCUUGAGUCAAUUUUGAAAACAGUUUCAAACAUGAUUGUCAAGUAUAUAAGAAAAUCAGAAAGUGAGUGAAGUUUUACAGAAUAAUUAACAGCAAAAUUUAUUAAAAUUCUAGGAAAAAAGACGCAUAAUUUGUUUGUAAUAAUUACAAUAAAGAUGUCUGACUGCUUUUAAAAUUAAAAUUGUUAUACAACAGAAUAACACUAGGACAAAAAUUUCUUGUUCAUUUCCUAUUUUGAGUAUUAAGUAUUUGACAAUCAGCAAAACAAUAAUGUAAUUUUGACGUAAAAUUGUUAAGGUAAAGUAAAAUUGUUAAGGUAAAGCGUCGCUUAAAUGUUGACAACAUAUGGCUUGGUAGGGUACCACUAAAACUUUUAACAUACUAGAGGUAGGGCACCAUUAAAAUUGACACAAUAUUAUUGAGGCUUAAGCAACAACUUUUAACAUAACAUGAAUAAGGUAGGGCACCACUAAAUCUUCAUCAAAACAUGGAUAAGGUAGGGCACCACUAAAUCUUUAUCAAAACAUGGUCUUGGUAGGGCACCACUAAAUCUUUAACAAAACAUGGUUGAAUCACAGCACCACUUACUAUAGGUAAAAAUACACCAAGAAUCAUGCCAGGUUGUUAAUAUUUGAUAGGUUAUCAUAAAGAAUAGUAUGCACAUUUUAAAUAAAUUCUUAAAAUCAUAUAAACAUCAUAAUGGAUUUAUCCAAAAAGCAUUUUCAUUUGUUUCACUCUUUUUUAUGCUAUGUUGUUUUGAAGAAAAAAUGUAUCACCAUCUUAGAAAUCCUUUAGUCACAUCAUUAGGCAGGUGCUGAAUACAUUUAGGAGGACCAAAUGUAAUUUUCAUAUCACCUCUUCAAUUACAAAUUAAAUACAUUUUAAUUUUUCAUGAGUGAUUUGGCCAGUUAAACUGAUUAAAAUGUCAUCCUUUUAACAGCAUUUUGUUUUACUGUUUAUAGCUUGGCUAUUCAAAGACUAUUGUACUCACCCUGGCGUGGGCAUCACAAAUUGGUUCUUGUGUGUAAGUUAGUAUCUUUAAAAGUACUAUAGUAAAGGGGUGAAACUUCACACACUUAUAUGAGAGCAUAACAGGAGGCCACUGACUAAGGCCCAUAACUCUAACAAAGAUUCUGACAAAAUAAUGGCCCCUUUUAACUUGGAAAAUUUUUAAUUAUCAUGGCUCUUGUUUUACUAUCAAGCACUAAGAAUAGUCUUGUUAUUGAAAUAUUACUUGUAACCUGUUGACACUAUAAGUUAUUAGGCUUUGUCACCAGUAUAGAGUCACACUGACUCUGACUUUAUUAUGUUGGUAGUUCAAGUUUUGUAUUUUCAUAUUGAAAAUACCUUCAACUACAAAUGGACUGUUCCAUGUUCAAAGCAGGGCUAGUCUAUUAUUUAAUUUCAGCAGGAUAAGGGUUAUAUACUAGUACAACAAUGAAUAUUGUAUGAUACUACCUUCAAGUAAUUAAUUAUCUGUCUGUGCAUAAAAUGAUUAAAUCUAUUAGAAGUGUAUAAAAUGAUUGAAUCUAUUAGAAAUUUGAUGCAAUUUUGGAAAAAGUUGGAAAUAUUGUACAUGUAAUUAAAUUUUAUCUGAAAAAAAGGAAUUUUUCCUCCUAUAUUAUUUUUUGUUUUAUUUCAAGAUAAAUUAGAAUGAAAUAGUUGAGUUGUCAUUUAACAACCAUCAGUUUGUCAUUAUUUACUACAAUUGCAGUAAAAUCUGACAUUGUGCCUUUUACUUUCUUCCCACCAUUUAACCCCCCCAUCCACCCUCUUAUAGAAAUCUCCACAGUGGUUCAUACCCCCUUUUUUAAUGCCUGAAACAUUUUCACCAUUUUGUUUUUUCAUAAAAACAAAUCUUUCUUUUUUUUCACAUUAUUUUUGAAAAUGCUGUUUAAUUCUCAAAGUCAAAAAUAUUUCAAGUACUGAAGACUACCAUUAUCUUGCAUGCUAUUUUUUCUCAGGUUUGUUAUUUUUUUUCUUUGUUUUCAUUUAUAAAUGUUUAGAUCAUUGCUUUGUGGGGUAUAUGUUUUUGUGGUAUAAUUGGUGUAACUGUAGCAGAAAAAUAAUUGGAACACAUGUCAAUGACUUACUGAAAAUUAAUUUUCAAAAAGAAUUUCGGAUAGAUAUUAUUUUGAUAAAAAAGUAGAAAAUGUUUUAAUUUUAAGUCAUUAGAUAAUGCUCUAUUAUUUUAUACUUUUGAAAUUCUUAAAAAGUUUAUUAUUGGUAAUACAUUUGUAACCUGUAUGCAAUGGGCAUUUUAGCUUUUUGGAAUGAAAAGAAAGCUCAUUUUUAAUAGCAUAGUGAGCCCUUGUUCAAGGUCAUUUUUAGUUGGUUUAAGCUAAGCCCAAAAGAAAUUUACUUUUUAAAUUAUUUGGAAAAACAAAUGGAUUUUAGUCUAAGUAUUUAAAGAAUACUGGUACUGUAGUCCUCACUUGUGUCAGCAUUUGUAUAACCUGUAUACAUUGUCUGAAUGGCAAGUCUUAUUCUGAAAUAUGCUUGGUAUACCUGGUACUGGAUAUUUACAGUCAAUGAAAGGCUAUUCAUUGUCUACAAGAAGAAUGAUCUGAAUGUGAACAAUUACAGGUGUUUACUGAAGAGACAGUGCUGACAAAUAUAAACAGUUGAGUACAGUAUAACAGUACUAUGUUCUUUGAGGAAAUAUUUUAUUACAACUUGUUCUUUCAGAUUUUAAUGUAGAAAAUAGUAAAACUAGAAAAGUACAUGUAGUAGUAAGUAGUGUUUUAAGGAAUAUAUACAUAUUCUGUCUGUGUCCAUUUAUUUUACUGUCUAAUUGUAGAUGUCAUAUUGUAUGAGGUGUUUUAAAAUAUAAAUAUAUAUAUAUACUAUUAAAUGAUCCAAAUUGAAA